AAUAUUUAUUUUUAUAUUCUGGUUGUUAAACAUUUUUGAUUAUAGACACUUAGAACUUAAGAGUAAACAAAUAUAAUAGUUGGCACAUUAUUCAUUUUAUUUUGGAACAUUAUCGUUUUAUGUUAUUUAUGAAUUUUUUCAAUCAAAAACGACUUUAUUGUUUUUUAGAGAGAAUUUUUAUGCUUGAAUCAUGCCUCCUAUUAGAAGAACAAACAUUUGACGGCGUACACGUAAUGCAAGAAACUGUGAUAAUGUCCGUUAUAAUCAAACGCAAGAGGAACGGGCAGAAGCAAAUGAAUUGAUACGUGCUCAUAAUACACAGGCCCGCGCUGCACAAACGCCGCCUCAAAUUCGACAACAUAUUAAUAUAAGACGAAGUUCAGAUGUAGCCUUGAAACGCGUUGCUUUUGUCCAUCAAGAAACUGAUGAACAAUGUAAUACAAUCAACGAUCAUCAAGGGCAAUUUCAAAGAAGAGGAAGUCCUUAUCCCACGAAUUCCGAUCAUUCCAACAGAUAUUCAAUUUCAGUUUAAGCGGAUUCAGUUUCCCGUUCGAUUGGCUUUUGCGAUGACAAUCAGUAAAUCGCAAGGCCAAUCGUUGGAAGUCUGUGGGAUCAAUUUGGAAUUUCCAUGUUUUUCGGACGGGCAGCUGUACGUUGCCAGUUCGCGUGUUGGAAAACCGUCUUUGUUGUUUAUUUUUGCACCAGAAAACAAAACUAAAAACAUUGUUCAUCAAAAUGCACUCAACUGAUUUCUGUAACAAUUCAUUUAAAUGGAAUUCUUGAAUUUUAUUAUCACUCUAGAGUUUAUUUGAAGGCGUUAAGUUC